UCCCCUUCGCUUGUUGCUUUAUACUGUACUGUAUAAAUUGCUAUGGAUCUGAGAAGAAGGUUCCCUGAGACUGUUGGUGGUGAUGCAAGUAAAGAUCCAUCAAGUAGUGAAGAUCCUCUUGUAGAGAAAGGACUCCAGCUCUACCAAGAAGCAGAGCAAAAGGGAUUCAGCGACAGUGAUACUCUUAAAAAGUCCUUGAAAUGCUUUGUGCAGGCUGCUGAGAAUGGUGUCGACCAAGCUAGCCAGUGGAUCGGAUCGUUUCUUGGAUCAUUGUCUGCUCUACCAGCUAAUGUUGUCCUGCCCGAGCACACGGUCAAAAUACUGAAAUGGAUCACUGACGCUACAACUGCCGACAAGCAAAUCUACACUGUAGCAAAACGAAUGUUCUACAAAAUGGCCGAUGGGAAAUCUGCAAUACCCAAAGACAAGAUUGAUGAUGCUGCAACGAGGCUCCUGAUGUCCCAGGGUAGUGGCAGAGGCGAUACUGUUACUUUGGUCAAGUCUUCCAAGAUGCUUAGAGGAUCCAUUAAACGUCUUCUACAAGAGGCAGCUUCUCAGACUCAAUCUAAUGAGAUUACUGAGGAUCUUUUUACUCAAGUUGCUAUUGAUUUUGCUGAUGGGAAUUUCCAAGCUCCGAGCUUUUUGGGGGAAGAAGAUCUAUCCGAUGAGAAAUUAGAGGAUUUCAAGAAAGCAAACAUUUUCAGGAAGGUGUUCGAGUAUCCAUGGCAGACUCUCAAACAUCUCAAAAUGAAUACGCUGAAGCAAAUCGAACGAAAGGGUAUCAGGUGGAUCUGGAGCAGCUUCCCAACAAAACAGUUCUAUCUCUUGCUCUUUGCCUACCUCCUGCCACUGCUUACAGUCAAUUUUAUUGUGUCUACAAUCGCGACUAUUCUGUUCUACACUUCUUUCAUUGUAAUGAUGUUGACUACCCUUCAGAUUGUCCUCACUUCAGAGAAAAGUUUUUUGAUGCUCGAAUACUCUACCAUUAUUCAGUACUUCAAUGAAAGCAGUGAAAAAAUUGAAAUGAAAACACCCAAGAAAAGCUAUAUCCAGCAUGCUGUAGGACCUUAUGUAGCGUUCCUGGUCGCCCUUGCUAUUGCUUUGGUAACAAUGGGACUUUCUCAUCAGCAAAUUGUCUUUAACGAGUUAUUGACAGUUGUCUCCUUCAUAUUCGUAGUCGGUCUAUUCUUUGAAUUUAAUUUGUACAAGUCUCCACUGACUCUGAUUAUUAUUCUGUCUCGCUCAUUUUCGGAAAUCUAUAUGGUUUUGGAUUUCUUGCAGAACUACGUUCCGAUACCUGAAUUCUUAUUCUUUCCUUCACGAAGCAUAUUUUCACUAAUGUGGAUUGAAGUGAAUUUGAUUUCGCUGGUACAGUUUCCGAUUCAGUUGGGCAUUAUGGUAUACAUGUUGUAUAAGUAUUCAUGGAAGAACUUUGUUACUGGUCUCGGCCCAAUAAUGUUGUUCUUGUGCUGGAGUGUCUUGAGUCGAAACUUUCUCUAUCUCACUAGUCCACGGUAUUUAGCAAUGGCUGCCGGUGGUGUGCUCCUUAUGAUUGCUGUUGUUCCGUUCCUCCCAUUUCUGUUUUUACUAUCCCCAACCAUUCUCUUCUUCUACUUUGGUGCGUCUCAACCAUUUUUCAUUUCUCUCUCAGUUGUCGUUGUGAUCUCUCUUCUCCUCUUGUUUGUCGCCGUCAAUUUCAAGUGGAUAAAACAAACCAAAUGGCUCAACAUACCUCUCGACUAUAUCUUGUCCCUCCAGAUUCUAUUGAGUAUCUUGUUCAUCUUCAUAGGCUCUACUGUGUAUACAAGUGUUCACGAGCCUGAUGCCCUACCAGUAGUCACCCCUCAGGAGUAUUUAAACACUUGUAUUCCAGACACUGGUGGAAACACAAAUUCUGUUCAGACUGAGAUUAAUUGCUACCAUCUAAAAGAUCGUGUUUUUGAAGCCAAUGGAAUAAUUGUUGAAGUGAAAAUGUCUAACAUCAUUGACAAUGGAGCGCUAUCUUUGCACUCGCUACCGUCACCAAUACAGACUGCACUGACCUGUCUCUUUGGGAGUUCCGAGCCCAUGUGUGGUGAUGAUAAAGAUAAUCCAACAUGCAUCUACGCAGGCUGCAAUUUUCAUCAUAAUCUUCAGUACACAUUCGAUAUUGAACUCAGACUCAACCUCACAAACAAGACCACGUAUGAUCCGAUACCGGCCACUCUUCUAGCCGAUACUUCCUUCCUGGAUACUGUUGUUAAGUUGCAGUCGGGCACAUACUUGAAGUUCAACGCUACAUUUGUCAGUGGAAUGGGCUCUACGCAUAUCACACUACAAGCUCAGUCGUUGGUGCCUUAUAUGGAAGAGGGGGUUAAUGUGAUUAGUAUGCAAAAGAAACAGCGGAGCAAGUUUUUAUUCUCGAGAUUUGUCUACUCUCUGAAGAAAACUGUGUAUGUAUUAUUGGAAAUAUUGUUUGGCUAUACAGUGCCUACGUAGGAGGACAAGGUUAUUAAAUGUGUUGUGUGACCUUUACCAAUUAAUUUGUGAAUUAAGUGUUGUAUAAUCGUAAUCAUUUUUCAUAAAAUUAUUCAAGUAAUAAUGAAA